AUGGAUUACUUUACCAUUAAGCAGACUUAUUAUGCUGGUCAAUACACAGAAACUUUGAAGGAAAUCGAGAAAGUUACUGACCAAGAUGAUGAAACAAUUGUCUUCUACAAAUCGAAAUCUCAAUUAUCCUUAAAUAAUUACACAAAGAAUCAAUCAAGCACAUCCUUAGGGAAGAUAUUUGAUCUAUAUGCCGAAUUCUUGAAAUCAAGAAAUAUCAAGAAACUGCAAUCCCAAGUUAUUCUGGAAAAGGCCACUUCAUUUGAAUUGAAUCUUUUGGCCACAGCUCAGGCUAUCUUGGGACAAUAUGAUGAAAGUUUAGAAACAUGCACGGAGGGUAUUAAUAAGUCGGAAGAGGCAGGUUCUUCUGAAAUGAUUUUAUUAGCAGUGCAAGUUGCUUUAUUAAUUGAAAAGCCAUCAUUAGCAAAAUCUAUUUUUGAAACAUAUGCCAAUAAUAACGAAGAUCUCUCUGGUGAUGCUGAACAAAUUAUUAAUCAAGCAGAAUCAUACCUAAAAUAUUCGACAAGUGAGGAUGUUGCUGGCUCUAAUUUUUAUUACUACGAAGAAAUGGCUCAAACUUUUCCAUCUUGGAAAACCCAAUUAGCUUUGCUAAAUUCUCAUUUACAACAAUUGAAUAUCGAAGAAGCAGGAGAAAUUGCUGACUUACUUGACUCCGACUUUUACAGUGUUGAACAAAAGGAGGUUGGUGCUGCAUAUAAGGAGCAUUUCUUAGCAGCCAAAAUUAAUUUGUCUCACAUUGUAGGUGAAACUGACUCUGACGCCUUGAGGGAUGAAUUAAGGAAAGUGAACCCUCAUCAUCCAUUGAUUGCUGCCAAUAAGCAAAUGAAUGAUAAAUUUGACGAGAUUAUUGCAAAAUAUAGCUCAUAA